CCCAGUGACGAUUUCUCUCUCUCUCUCGCCAUACACACACAUGCUGUAAGCGUUAUUACUCUCAUCUGUGGUUUAUUUGUGAUUUCGAUUUUUUUGAUGCCUGAACCUAGGAUACAUGCAGAACAUUUAUCAUGGUGAAUCUGCUGCUGAUGCUGGGUUUGAUCACUUACAGCGCUCAGUUUAAAACCUCCUCUAUAUCUGUGUCAGGAGAAAAGAGAGGAAACAUCACACUCAGAUGUGAACAUGAGGACAAUAAUAUUGAUCAGAUUGAUUUAUUCAGUCGGUCAGAAUACAUAUCUGUGUGUGAGACUGAAGAAUGUAGAGGACCAGUGUUUAAAGAAGGAAACUGUGACGUCGUCAUCAAGAAUCUGAUCUUCAGUGACGCUGGGAAAUACACUUUGAGAAUCUAUUACAAUAAUGAUCAGACAGAGCUGAAGUACCAUCUUCAUAUUCAUGAUGAGAUUUCUGUGAAAACAGGCGAGGAGCUAAAGAUGUCUGUUCUGGUGUCUGAUGCUGAUAAAGUGAAGACAAACUCUAGUGGAGAGUGGAAGGAGGUUUGGACGAGAGAUCACGGGGUUCAGAGCGACCGAAUGAAUGAUGAUAAUGAUGGAAACCUGAUCAUUAAAUCAUUUCUGGACAGUGAUGCAGGAACAUACAGAGUUCUGGACACUGAAGGAGAAACCUUGAUCACAGUCACAGUCAGAGAAUCAAAGGAAACACUGGAGCACACUGAUGACACUAAAUGUGACGCUGUCGUCUCUUGGAUUGCACUGACUGUGGUUGUGCUUCUGCUGGCUCUGAUUCUGACUGCUGUCACGUUACACAAGCGUCUGCUCAGAGGUUAUACCUGCGCUGUCUCUCCAGAAGCACUGAGGGCCAAUAAUGAUGUCUGCUGAGGGCCCCACAGACUCUGAUUAAACUGGAGAGGUGUGCAGGACAUUAGUGACCUCACUGCUGGACACUGAACUCACCAACACUUCAACAGAAACAGCACACACUUCACAUCUGCAGAAACGGUUAGAAACAAUAUGUGUUCAAGAACUGACUCCAAAUAUCAGACGUGUGUGAAACUCUCAGACUGGAUGAAAUCAAAGUCUGAAACUAAAGAAAUCAUGUGUUCAUCACACAGUUCAGGAUUUUCUGGUGAAUCUGUCAGAUCUGAGCAAAGUCUAGCAGCUCACACUGUUUUCAGUGUUUAUGAACAUUUGAGCUGGAGCCUGUCUCUGUUUGUUAACUGUAUCUGCAUUCAGCAUUAGACUGUGUGCGUGUAAAUAUGUAUAUUUGUACAGUUUUCUAUUUACAUGUUGUUUUAAAAAUGUUUAUAUGUUGCAUUUGUUUAUUUAAUAGUGCAUUAUGCAUUGUUCUUGGUAAAUCUGCUUUGAAACAGUAUUUAUUGUGAAAUUAAGAUGACAUGUCAAGUUAAAUAAAUUGUAAAAUGUA